GUUAUAACCGUGAAAGACUGACGCUCUGUACAGGACUCGUCUCUCGCGCUCAAAACUUAUACGAGCCGAAAUUGAGAGUCCUGUACUGGCCAGAGACAGUCACUUUGCGUUCAAAUACGGAAGAAUGCGAAAGGAAUUUCGUCAGUGUGCUACAGAUAAUCUAUCACGUUUAAUCCGGACCAUAGACUAUUAAUAAACUUAAAGUACCAUAGACAGUGUUAACUUUUAAGAACAAGGAAGUGUUUAUGUUAAUCUUGAAAACAGUUGAAAAUGGGGAAAAAGAAGAAAAAUAGUGGAAAGAGAGCUGGCAACAGAUUCUUUCGUUGGAUUAGAAGCGACCUUCCCGACGAAGAGGACAAGAAAUCGCCGGUUCUACUUUUAGGGGUCAACAAAAUAUCCGACUCCCCAUCGUUCGUGAGACGAAGAUCCACUGAUCCUCACUCAACAGGCAGUAUCAGGUUCUUCAGACCACCUAAAUCGAAGUACACCAGAGGUCUCCAAGGUGAUGAGAGACUGGAGAAAAUCCGCCAAGACCUAUUAGUUCACAAGCAUAAGCCAGACAAAUACAUUCCAAAAGACCACGACGUCUCCCUCGAGCCUGAAGACCGGAGAUGCAUAAAACUCAACUGCGUUGGCAACUGCAUUUGUGACAAAAAACACAACUCGUCAAACCGUGGCUCGUUCUCGUUUCACAGACCUGAAAACAGGCAGUCCUCUCUAUGCCCAUCAGAACCGUACGGUAAAACGGAAGAUAAGAAAGACUACUCUGAAAAUGAUAUAGAAUUCAAGUACACAGAAUACAUUCCAAAUUCUCAGCCUUCUAGCAGCAAACAGAGUUCGUACAACGUCACCCCAAAAUCGACUGAGCGUAGACAUUUCUUACUAGCGAACCUCAAUGAAAGGUUCCGCAAAACUCUCAGCCUAGAUUCUCGUAAAAUAGAAACCAACAGAGUCCCGCUAAGUCUCCCAAAGGAAUCUCGACCGAAAUCCCUCGUGAAUACGAGCAACAUUUGCGUGCAGAAUUUCAAAUCGGGUGAUCCGUUCGUGCAGUCAAAUUUUGACAAAGCCAGCCAGCCUAAGAAAAAGCGAAAGUCCUUUUUCUCCCUCGACACAUUCUUCGAUUCCAAAAAGUCUGAUACGUCGUCAAUCGAUGACUAUUGCUCGUCGAAGUACAAACGUUUCGAGCUAGAAAGCGAUGACUCACCGCUUUUCAAAAGGGAGAAUCAGAGGGAGAAGACGCCGGAUCUUCUAAAUCUUCCAAUUAUUAUAGAUUCGGUGCGCAAGAAGCAGUCUUCUGACACAAAAAGACAGCUGGAAAAGCUCGAAAGUCAUUACUAUCGCAGCCUUAUUAAGACCCAGCCAGUUAUAGACGCGGUCCCUAAAGACGCGACGCCCCAACAAGGCCCGAGCGGACAUUCCAACGGCAUAUUCGUUGAUGAUGACGACGUGGAGUACAUAGAGCCUAUACGCAGCAACUUCACAAGCCAAAGCACUCUUAUAUUAGACAAAAAUCUAUCCGGGGACUUUUCAUGCAAGCCUGAUUCGAUUCUGACCAUAAACACAGAUGACACUGACAUAAAAUUACCGAGUUCUACAGUCUCUCCGAAAUCUAAUGAUGUGAGGAAUCUUGACAAUGAUUUAGACAGCAUUGGGGUGUAUGAAAUUGAAGUUAAAGAGACGGACUUGUUAAAAGAAGGCGCUAAAGAGCUCACUGUAAAAGUCAUGGAUAAAUCCGUGGAUUCGAUUGGCAGUUGUUCCUUGGACGUUGACGCCAGCACAGACUUCUCAGAUACCACAUCUGGAAGUUUGAAUCUCUUGACGCCCUCGUCGACCACCAGCCGAAUCCGGGACUUCAACUCCCGGUUCCAGGAGAGAGCAGCGUCUAACCUCCAGCCCCCCAUCGCCCAGCAUCCCACGCCCACUAUCACCCCUGUCCGCACGCCCGACGACCCCACGCCAACCCCCAGAAAAUCUGAGCAUCUCCUCAAACCCCCUCCCAAAGUUCACAUAGACGCCGGCAGCCAUCGGUCUAGGGGACACCACAAAAAACGAGACGAUAUCCCCCACAAGAAACCCAGCUACCUAAACCUAGCGUGUUCUGUCAACGGUUACACGAACUUAACUACAUACGACUCCAAACUGCGCCAGGACAUCAAUAAAAGUCGCGAAGCUUCCCCAAUAAGACCUAUCACACACACAUAUCAAUACAAAACCGAAAAUAACUCCCUUCUGGUACCCGUGCCGGUUAGCGCUAACAAACUGCUUGUUCCAACCUUCGGCCCCCAUGAUACACGAGCGGAUUUGACAGCGAAAGCGCCUGUCAAGGCGCACACGGAUCCAUACUUGGCGACGUCACCACUACAUGUGUACAUGGCAGCGGAAAACAAACAGUUGAAGAACGAUUUCCUCGGAGCCAACAUGACGACCACGAGUAGACCUUACAUAUCGAGCGAGAGCAAGAAUUUUGCAGCUUCCAUGCUCCAUCAAAAAGACGAGGUCGAUAACACUAAAGAACUCACCUUCAAAUCCAGCUAUUCAGAAACGAACUUCAGGAAAACCGUAACAAAUGGGAAGGAAUCGAGAUUCAGCUCGGAAUCCUAUACAAUAUCUUCAAACGGCGUCUCAAAACGCGUGGAAAUCACGAAAGAAAAUGGGGAGAAACUGACCAGUCCCAUGAAGAGUUUCAUUCAGCAAAGAGUGGAACGAUUGUACGGACCGGGAGCAUUAGCUCAAGGGUUCUUCAACCAGAAGAGGCAUAAGCUGCGAAGUCAGAGCGACGACGACGACCCAAAAGUGUUGACGGAGAAGUCUAUGAACUGUCCUGACAGAUUCGUGACGCCCAAGAAAUCAAAUAGCUUAGAGAGUGAAAAUUACUAUUCUAGUCCAAAUGGAGAGAUGGAUUCCAGUGUAUCCUUACCAGUCCUCAGGCAUCUGAGGCCAGAGUUCCGCGCACAGCUGCCGAUCCUAUCGCCAAAGAAGAGUUUGAAAGCAGAACUGUCGCCCCAGAAGUCCGAGGACAUUCCCAGCCCCCAAAAGACUGAAGAGUCGCGAGUAGUGACAGUGACAAACGGUGUAUCUGUGAUAAAAUUGGACGAUGUUAAAGACGAACCAGUGAGUGUGAACGGGAUAGAGAAUGGUGUGAAGGAAGUGGUGAAAGACGGACAUUACUUUUUGGAGGUGGAGAAGAAAGAGACGGAGAGACUGAUCGCGUUAGCCGCCACUGCUGAGAAGGAGUUGGAGAAUUUACAGGAUCAAGAAGUAAGUGAAGAAAUCCUGGGCUUGCUGAGAGCUGCGUCGGGGAAAGCAAGGCUUCUGGCCACGCAGAAAAUGCAGCAGUUUGAAGGUCUAUGCUACAACAACAUCAACGAGCGUCUCGACGAACCAUUCCCUACCACCCUGGAGGACCUGCAAGGCUUCUGGGACAUGGUCUGUCUGCAAGUGAGGAACGUGGACGCGUUGUACGAACACAUCGCCCAGCUGAAGGCCAAUAACUGGCAGGAGGUAUGUACUAUCACAGAAUAA